ACCUCUCCGGGAUGGAUCACUAGGGUCUGCCCGGCCAGGGUUGUCCCGGUGACACCGAGAGGUGGAGCCCGCGGCUGUCCGGGGCUGAGGGAGCGGAGACCCGGGAGCGGGGCCGCCGCCCUCGAUGUUCCGCGCGGGGUCGCUGCUGAGGCCGCUCCGGGUCCUGGGCAGAUUCUGUUCAGGAAGAGCCAGCCAGCAGACUAGUCGAAUGGGAACAUUAUCAGUGACUGACGCUGUGACUGCACUGAGACCAUUCUACUUUGCUGUACACCCAGAUUUCUUUGGCCAGUAUCCGAGAGAAAGGGAAGUGAAUGAAAAUUCCCUCAAGCAGUUGAAUAGCUACUUGGAGCGCAUGCAGAGACCGGGGCAGAAAGCUCUUCAACCUACCCAGCUCACGUUUUACCUCAGAGACACAGACAGUGAUCCAAAUACUCCCCAACGCAGUCUAAAUACCUCAGGGUUUCGAGCGGUCACUUUCACGCUGCAGAGUAAGGACCUCCUCAGUACAGUGGUAAAGAUCUUGAAAUCCUGCAGUUUACCCACUGAUCAUGUUCAGGACUCGCAGGUUGACAAGGGCCUCAAUCAUCGAAACGGGGAAGUUCCGUUCAGUAGACCCAUCCGAUGGGAUAAGACCUACUACUCCUUCACUGGCUACAGGGACCCAGAGGAAGAAUUGGAUUCCACUGUCCGUAUGGAACCUGCACUCAGGUUGUGGUUGCAUGAAAACAUGGCUGCUGCCACUGAGAGGUUAACUGUCAGUAUUCCACUGCGGGAUGAGCUCGAUCGCUUAAAAACUGAACUAUGUCAGCGACUGGAGAUAAGCGAUAUCAGGUGGCAGAGAAGUUGGGGAGUAGCUCAUCGAUGCAGCCAACUGCACAGCCUUGCUCGCUUUUGCCAGCAGAACUCUCAAGUAUUGUGCAAUGUCAAAGGAUGUAUUCUAAUCUUUGCUGAUAACUCAGGAAUGAAUGCUGCAGGCCAGGUUAUGUUGGGAACAGUAGAUGUCCACCAUCACUGGACAAAACUAUUGGAGAGGUUGCCCAUCUACUAUGAUCUUCACAGCCACCUUUCUGUGUUGAAAGAGAGGACCAGCUACCUUUUGGGAGAUGUCGAGUUAAUUUAUGAUGAGGACCUGCAUCCAACCAUGAUGCUAGAGGAUUAUUACAGGAUGUUAAAGAUCUUCCAUCAGAAUUUGGCUGUCACUCAACCUCUGUUUCACCCACGGAGUCUAAAAGGACUGCAAGUAAUUCUAGAAAACGACUCUUCUGCUCCCAGCCUCCUCAGAUCAGGCCAGCUGAGCAUUCCAGUCACGUGUGACCCCACUGCCUUGCAAUGGUUUAUUCUAGCUCAUGCACAAAGAGCCAGGACCUACCUGAGAAGAGAGGAGGAAUUGGAAGUGGAGCAGAAGAAACUGAUCAGCGAUUGCACAGAAAAAUUUGGACUCAAGAGACUCUAUAAGGAGCCCAGUGUGUCCAGUCAACAAAUGGUGAAAUGCUGUCAACGACUGUUUGAAGGACACAUCAAUGAGUUACAAGGGAUGCACCUGUGUAUUUCUCAUUUCUAUUCAGUGUUGCAGGAUGGUGACUUGUGCAUGCCCUGGGACUGGAAACAGUGACUGUGGAGAAUGGGAAAAGGAGACUGGAUCGAUGACGUUCACCCGCAGUCUCAGCAGGAGCAGCAUGAAGCCAACCGUGUGUGAGAAACUGGGUCAUCUGUGUGUUUUUGGAGCUGUGGUUCACAUCCAGGACUGGGGAAUCCCUAAUUGCCAGCAGAGAACUGUAAAACAAUUUGUGUGAAUUAAAAUGAUAUAUACAUAUAAAUAUUUAAAA